UUCCAGCAGCGUUUGACCCGAGUUGCAUGGAGAAAGAUUCAUGUCGAAAACUAUCCACAGUAUUCAGUUGGAAAGGCCGGAUCCCGAAUCGAUGAGAUAUGUGGUGGGUGCUGGGGGUUCUCGCCACAUUGCUGGCUCUCUUCUGCAGUUUGGAUGUGUGGUACUUUCUACGGGUAGCAGUGGUGGUCCUGCGCGCCUGGUUUCAGCCUCCAGUGUGGGAUGUGACAGCGGAGCAGGUGCUUCUAGGACGGGUCACUCCACAUGAUAUCGACAUGGGCCAUAUGAACAAUGCUCGUUACCUACGGGAGUGUGAUUUUGCCAGAUAUUCUCUCUAUGUACGUAAUGGAGUGUGGAAGGCUGUUAGAGCCCUGAGAGGCUCCAUGGUGGUAGGAGCCACCACAAUGCGUUACAGAAGAGCUCUUUGUAUCGGUGAGGGCUAUGAGCUUCGGAGUCGGAUCGUGACCUGGGAUGACAAGGCUUUUUACUUAGAGCAGAGAUUUGUGUCGACAAAAGAUGGGUUGGUAUGUGCCAUCAUGUACUGCAAGCAGAAUGUUAUCUGUAGUAGUCCGGACAAGAUCAUGCAACAUCUAUGCAAAAGAAAGGUGGAAUGUCCGGAAUUCCCAGGAGACCUUCAGCACUGGGUGAACUUUAUCUCUUCCAACAGCCAAACCCUCAGGGCAGAGAGUGGAUUAGAAGAGAAGAACAAAUAAAUCUUUGCACUGUUGUUAAAA